CAGUCUCUCCUUCGUAUUUUACUUUGUGUCGUCGUCGCUUUUGUGAACAAAAAAUACGAGAAAAAGUUAGAGGCAACGAAAUUUUGCUUCAGCAUUUUGAGCAAAAUUUCAAGAAACAAGUGCAACACAGCUAGCAACUCACUGCAGAUUUUGUUUUGUAUCCCCGUCGUGAACAAAAGCCAUCAAAAUUGAGUCGACAAAGAUUGACGAGACUUUUCCUCCAACAACUGCUAUGGAGGAUAAAGCAACAACAAAAGAUCUAGAUCAAUGGAUUGAGCAGUUAAACGAAUGCAAUCAAUUGACAGAAACACAAGUUCGCACCCUUUGCGAUAAGGCAAAAGAAAUUCUUUCAAAGGAAUCCAAUGUGCAGGAGGUCAAAUGUCCCGUCACCGUGUGCGGAGAUGUCCACGGACAGUUUCACGAUCUGAUGGAACUGUUCCGGAUAGGCGGCAAAUCGCCCGAUACAAAUUAUUUAUUUAUGGGCGACUAUGUGGAUCGUGGCUACUAUUCGGUGGAGACGGUCACAUUGCUGGUAUCGCUAAAGGUUCGCUACCGGGAGCGCAUCACCAUUCUGCGCGGCAAUCACGAAUCGCGCCAGAUAACACAGGUGUAUGGCUUCUAUGAUGAAUGCCUGCGCAAGUAUGGCAAUGCGAAUGUGUGGAAGUAUUUUACCGAUUUGUUCGACUACUUGCCAUUGACGGCGCUGGUGGAUGGCCAAAUCUUUUGCCUGCACGGCGGCCUCAGUCCGUCAAUUGAUAGCUUGGAUCAUAUACGGGCAUUGGAUCGCUUGCAGGAGGUGCCCCACGAGGGACCCAUGUGCGAUUUGCUCUGGUCCGAUCCCGAUGACAGGGGUGGCUGGGGCAUCUCGCCCCGUGGAGCUGGCUACACCUUUGGACAGGAUAUAUCAGAAACAUUUAACAAUACAAACGGCCUUACACUGGUCUCGCGUGCACAUCAGCUGGUCAUGGAGGGCUAUAACUGGUGUCAUGAUCGCAACGUUGUCACAAUAUUCUCAGCGCCAAACUAUUGCUACAGAUGCGGCAAUCAGGCGGCACUCAUGGAACUGGAUGAUUCACUUAAAUUUUCAUUCCUACAAUUUGAUCCCGCACCGCGACGCGGCGAGCCACACGUAACGCGAAGAACACCAGAUUAUUUCCUUUAAACUGUUUUUGCGCUCGGCAAAUGCAGCUUACAACAUUUACACACAUUAUUACAUAAAAAAGAAAAAAACAAAAAGUUUAAAGAAAAUCAACCACAAAAAAACAAAAACAAAAAAAUAAACAAAAAGCAAAAAGUAUGUAUGGCAAGCCGUUGAAAGAAUAACAAUAAGAACAACAACAAACUUCAACAACAA